AUGCUCGUCAGUAUCGCACACCAAGCAUCUUCACAACUUCACACUGCGAUAGUGGCCGUGUCUGCUACUCGAAAUGAAGAGCUCAAUUCAAUGUUUGGAAAUAACAAAAUAACACCUACCUCCACCAAUGAGCUUUGUCGUUUCCAUCAGGAAAGGGCCUCUUUGUGGCGCCCAAUGCCACUACCUGUCCGCGCAAACUCUUGGAGCGAAGGUCCCGGCUCCGGCCCGUUCAAGAUGCCUGUGGGCUCGUACUGCUGGCGCCCCUAG